CAGAUGCCUUAUUUGCUGUUUCAUUUAAUGUAUUCUGUGUGGGCGGUUCUCAGUUCUAUCCGCAUUCAGAUAAACACUUGCGUUUGUCCACUGCGCCACUGCCUUCUCCAGACCUUUACAAUGGAGUCUGCGCCGCACGUAAAAUUCCCCAAUCCAUUCCCGUGCGCCUCUCCGUUUCCCAGUCCCAGACGCCCGCAUCCACCGGAACCCAAGGCGACCAGGUCGACAUGCCGCGGAUUCAGAGCAGUGUGCGAGGUGUCCGGGAGGAGAGCGGUUUCAGGGAUGGCUCUUCUUGGCGCCGCUGCCUCUUGCGCGAAUCUCCUCGCCGUACCCAUGCCGGUGCAGGCAGCAAUGCUGGAGCCCGAUGUCAUCAGGUACAGAAAGCUGGACAGUGGAGUAAAGCUUGAAGCACGGUGAAUCAGUUCAGCGGCGAGAGUAAGCCGGUGACACUUCGACUCGACGUGCAAGAGGUUCCAGGACAGGAUUUCUCUUGGCAAUUGACCUUUCUACAGAUGAUUUAAAGCCACUAGAAACUUUUAUUUCUCCGUGGCUUUGCAGGCAAGAGGAGGGCUCUGAUACCCCCUGAAGUAGGCUAUAUCGACGAGAGCUUGCAGCCCGUCCCUGAGGAGUUUGGACCACGCCGGAGCCUGCUGUCGCAUGCCAAGGAACCGCUGGUGUUUGAGGUUCAGCUGCUCAAAGUCCUGUGAUCAUUAUCUCAUGAUCAUCACAUGCCAAUGCAGAUAGAAGCUCUCCUGUCCUGUUCUACAAGUGAAGAGAACCACAGUGAUUCUUUUCCGAACUGUUUUCUUCAAAUUUCUUUCUGGUUUUUUCUUCAAACCAUGUGUUUGUUUGUUCUUCCGAAAAAGCAUUCAGCAAGUUGGAUGAAAGCACAACGAUAUUCUUUGCAACAACACUAUCAACUGGAACUUCCCGUACGAGCAUUUUACUGAUUGAUCUCUCUGUCGAUCGUGCAAUGGGCAGUGUAGUACAGGCAGUAGCCAGGGAACACAGACUUGCACAGCAGCACAGGCAACUCCGGGCUGCGGCUGCCGCCGUCGUCUGGACAAGGAGGAGCAGGAACAGCCAAAGAGGUUUCUUGGAUUCCGACGAGCCCUCUCAUCGGCGAGCCGGAGACGGUGACGCAGCGCAUGGUCACAUGCCGCGGGAGGAGGCUGCCGGCCGCGGCGGCGACGCAGCCUUCGCUGCCGAGGCACCACACGUCGGCGAUGCUGAAGCUGCUGCUCAGGACGCUACGCCAUAGCCGCGCGUCCGGACGGGACCUCAGGAGCGCGCCCACUAUCUUCCCGCCGAAGAAGGAGCCGUCCAGCCUCUUGGCGAUGGCCUGGCCCGCCGCCGCCAGCCGCGGGUCUGCCUCGGCGCCGCCGAACGCGUGCGCCCUGAAGAAGAACCAGUACUCCUCCGGCGGCAGGGGACGCAGAACGAUCGGCUCCGCGGUGCCAAGGCCCGCAACAUGCCCGGCGUCGCUGCUGGUUACGACGACCUUGCUCCCUCGCCUGCCGGCGCGCCGCAGGGUUUGCAUGAUCGCGUCGACCACCUGCCUUUUGCGCCGGUUGACGUUGUCGAAGACGGCCAGAAACCUCUCGCCGCGCAGCUUCCGCUCUAGGAGCCUCGUCUGCUCGCCGUCGGCGGAGAGGCUGGUGGCGUUUGGCGUGAACAGAGAGCGUGGGAAGAGCGCCGUCUCGCCGGCUGCCAUGAGGCUCAUGCAAUGGAAGUCUAGCAGCAUGACCAGCGAGAAGCGGCGGCGCACCGCGGGCUCCUCGCAGACGUGCUGCACGAGCGUGGUCUUCCCCAGGCCGGCGGAGCCGAUUAUAGGGAGGACACCUGGCUCUGCCAGCGUCGGCUCGCCCUCGUCAUCUUGCAGCAAGAACUCGAAAACGCGGCGUCUCUCGACGUGCCGGACAAACAUCUGGCUGUCCGCGUAGAUGCUCGUGGCAAGCGGCCGGUGCAGCGCCGGCGGGCACAUCUGCAGCAGCACGAUGAACUCUGUGAGACCGCUGGCGACGCUUUCCAGGUCCGCGAGGACACCAUCCAGCUCGUCGGCUCUGCCGUCGCCGUCGCCGAGCAGCAGCUUCAUGGCCGCGACGCGCAGGCGCUUAGCGGAGUUGAACGAGCUAGGCAUGGAGAAAGAGCGCGCCAGCGGCACCACCUUGUUGCCAGCAUGGCCGUCGUCCUGAUCGCCUGCUCCGCUCGGAACCGGGAACGCGUCGAGGAGGUAGCGCCCCCGGCGCGCCCCGUCGACGAUCUCCGCGAGCCAGGAGAGCAGCGCGCGGCUCGUGAUCCGCCUCGCCCCGGCGGCCUCCGCGGCGCUCUCGGCCCUGGCGAGCAGGCGCCUCAGCCGCCGCAGCUUGGCCUCGACGCUCCGCUCCGGCUGCUGGUCCAGGAGCUGCCCGGCGAGGAGGGACAUCGCCCUGCCGACCAUGCCCCCCACGACGCCGGAGACGAUGGACUCGCCAGCCAUGGCUGCCUAGUGUUCGCGCACUUGCGCCUGCUGCCGAUGCCAAACGGGAAAGCUGAUCCUUGAGCAGCUCAGUGCCUCAGAGCAUCUCCAACAGCCAGCCGCUCAACAUGUGGCGUCCAAAAUAUGGGUUUACUGCAUGCAAGUAGAUUUUUUAGGCGCUAGAAACGUUUGCUCCAACGAGCGUUGUAAAAUAUGCACAGCGUGCGAGCCCAGCGAUCCCAAUCAAGCGGUUUCAUCUGCAGCAGCUCAGAAUUUGUAGCGCAUGCGACCGGACGCACUAAAUAUACUACACGUGAUGCCUUUUUAAUGCGCGCG